CCCUUUCUAUUCUUUACCUAUAAACCUACACUUUCCAUUUUUCGCCAAACAUUUCGUGCAUACACAUCUUUCACAUUGGUGUAUUGAGUUGAAGUCCAAUUAAGAUGAAGGCUGGUGCAAAGUUAUAUGGCUUUCAUGAGCAACAACCAAAGAAGGUGAUCAAUGGUCCACGUCCUUCCCCUUUGAUGAUCAACAAAGAUUCUCACAUGAUACGCAAAGAAACCAAACUCCAAAGGCCACAGAGGAUUAAUCCCAUCAUCAUUUACACCGAAUCGCCCAAGAUUAUCCACACCAAGGCCAAAGAUUUCAUGGCUCUUGUUCAAAGACUCACGGGUAGGUCAUCAAGCACCAAUGAUAAUUUGUCCACUGCUUCACUUCCUCAAGAGGGUUCAGAGAAUUUUGGAUCAUCUUUGUCUGAUGGGUCCAACUACAAUAGCAAUGAAACAAGUUCAGCUCUUAGGAGAGUUGGUGAGAAUUUGGUUGAGAGUGGUGCAAUUGUUCAACAUGGUCCCUCUAAUCUGGAUUUUGCUGAUAUGCCACUUUUCACUCCAAAUUCCUCAGAUUUCUUUUGCUCUUCUGGAUCAUCAGUGUAUAAAUAUUCUGAUUCCCCAUAUGGGGUUUUGGGAAGUUUGAUAUCUCCUUCCGGGUUGGAAUUCAUGAAAGAGCUACCUGAAUAUUGAUAAUCAAUUCAUUUGGGGUGCACGCUUUGUUCAUACUUGCUCGAGGAUCAACUUGAUUUCGUUAAAUAGUAGUUCAGUUUCUGUGCUGAAAUAGGUUGGUCUCUUUAGCCUUUUUUUUUUUCUGUAAAUUUUGUUGUAUUAGUGUUAUAGGGUGCUGAUCAACUAUGACACUGACUACGAUGAAAUUAGUGUGAAUUAUAGGGAGAUCAUUUAAUUCAUUCUUUCUGGACAUAAGAAGAAGUUCAUCCAUCAGUUUGAUUUUGUUAGUGUAAUUUCAUUUUCCUGUUGUAUUCUGUUUUCAUGUUCCUUGUUUGUUAAUCACAUAAAAUUAAGCUGCAAUUCGAUCUGUAAUCAUCUUGUUUCUUCUUUGCAUUGGAUAUGCAAGCGUUUAAUUAUACUAUUACUUCACAAUUCCCAUUU